UUGUGCAGACCAAGUCCGAGAUCAGCAUGACGAUUCGUUGGGAUCUGGAACAGCAAUCUUGGUGGUGAAACAGACGAACUUAAAUCGGGCUAAUUGUGGAGGAAAUUCGGCCUUCGGCCUUUGCCGUAGUUGCUUAGCCUUGAAAGCUUGUUUUUUAAAAACUGGUUCACGUUGCUCACGCAUGCGUUGUAACCAUUGUUUGAUCAGCUGACGCUUAUAAACGGGGUAAAAAGGUAACGCGGAGGUAGGGAGAUCGUUGUAGUCUGCUGUUGUCAUUACUUCCGUGAAUCUUCGAAGAAGGAAAGUGGUUUUGGGACCGGUUUGAUGCUUGCAAAAGGGAAGGCUUUCGUCCGGCCGUACCUUCCUUUCGUUUACUAUAGCCGACCGUCGUCAUGUUCAAAAAACUGAAGCAGAAGAUCAGCGAGGAACAAACUUCGGGCCGCGGAAGUCCCGGCGGUGGCGCUUCAGAGUUUCCUCAGCCAUUGAACAGCUACAGAAGGCAUUAACUGCAGCUCAGAAGGCUGAAGAAGCCCACAGGAAAUUGCAAGCAAAAAUGGACGAAAAAUUUAAAGCUGUUGAAAAGGCAAAUGAAGAAGAAUGUGUGAUCCUUCAACAGGAAUUAACAAGGGUAAAGCAGGAAGUGAGAAUUCUUGAGCUGGAACAUUCCCUUAUGAAGUGUCCACAAAAUGAUAAAAGCCAAUUGGAAGAUCUGGUUGCCCAGACAGAAUCAGACAAAAAUGAGCAUUGUAAAGUAAUAGCUAAUAUGACUGAAAAACACAAAAAAGAAAUUGAAUAUGUAAAGCAGCAAGAGCAGCAACACUGGAGAGAAGAGCUUGAAAUAUUUACCCAACAGCAUCAAUCAGAAAUGGAAAAACUGAGGAAACAUUGUGAAGAAGAAAUGGCUAAGCUGUUAAAAGAAAAAGAGGCUAUAUACCAUGCUCAUAUACAAGAAAUAAAUGACAAAACUUUAGAAAAUUUUGAUGUCAAAGAAACAAAGCUAGAAGCACUUUCAUCUGAAUUAUCAGAUGCUCUGAAUACCUGUCAAAAUCUUGAACAAUAUAUUUCUAAGUUAAAAGAGGAUGCAGAUAAAGCAAAAGUUGAGUUUCAGACAAAACUUGAUCAGCAAAGGAAUAAUCAUAAGGAACAAGUUGAAGCUAUUUUUAAAGAAAAGGAAGUAAUUGAGAAAUCAUUUAAAGAAGAAAUAAUUCACCUCAAACAACUCUUGGAAGCAAAAGAGAAAAGUGAAGAAGAAUCAGAACAGAAAAAAAUGAAAGAAACUCUAGGAAAAAUUGAGUCACAAGAUAAAAUAAUGUCUGCAGAAUUAGAUGUUUUAUGUCAGUCCAGAGAAAAUAAUGCAAGUUUGCAAGAGAAAUUGGAAGUUAUAAAGCAUAAAAAGUCAAAACUUGAGGAACUGGUUGUAAAAACUGAAAUCCAGCCAAAUGAAAUAAAAACUGAGUUAGAUUUUCAGACAUCCCAGGUAAAUGAUCUAAAAUGUGAAUUGGAAGAAGAAAAAAGAAAAAAUGUACAGAAUAUCUCAUCUCUGACAGAAAAGUAUGAAUCACAGUUAAGAAACCUUGGUGAAGAGAUCAGUCAGUUAAAAAGUCAUUGUAUUGGCAAUGAAAGUAAAAUUGGACAAAUAAAGCAUUUCAUGAAGCAGCAAAUUGAAAAGUAUAGACAGCUGUUAUCAACCAAAGAAGAAGAAAUUAGUGCUUUAAAAGACGAAUAUGAACUCAAGUUAAAGCAGCAAGAAACACAAGCAGAGGAAACCAUAGAAAAAGUAAAAAAAAUGCAGGAAGAAUUUAAGCAAAAACUUUCAGAAAAAGAAGCAAAACUAAAAAAAGAGAUUGAGAUCAACCAGUUAGAAUUUUGUCAGAAAGAUAAACAGUUCACUUCAAAAAUGCUGACAAUGGCUCAUGCCAGUUCACUUGGAAUAAAUGAUACUGUUUCAAAACUGGAGAUGAAUCAGAAGAAACAACUAAAAAGCAUGGCUGAAGCCCACAAGCAAGAAGUGGAUGAAGUUUUACAUCUUUGGGAAAAGAAACUAAAUCAACAGACUGAAGUACUUUGGGAAAAGCAUGAAACAAAAUUGCAAGAAAAAGAGCUGGAAAUAAGAGAUCUGAAAGAAAGACUGGCCACUUUUGAUGCUGAAAGAGAAGGGAAUAAUGCAGAGAUUACAUGGUUAAAGGACAAAAAUACAAAGAAAGACAAAAGCAUACAUGAACUUCAAGAACAACUGCAACAGACAUUAGCACAAGUGAAUCUUUUUAAACAAAAAGAAACUGAUUUAAAAAAGCAACUUGAAAAAUUAAAGGACGAUCUUAAUUUUUCUUUGAAGGAGAAAAUAACAGUACAGGAACAGCUUAAUGAGAUAAAGAAAACAGAAGAAAAAAAGAAAUAUGAUCUUUUGGAACUGGCAGAUAAAUUGAAAAUGUCUGAUGUGGAACUCCAUGCCUUGAAGAUGUCUCAUCUUAAAGAACAGGAGAAUUAUAAGACAAAGUUAGAAGGGGAAAGAAAUGAGUUUCAGCAAAAACAAGCUGAAUUUGAAAAUUUCAAGAGAGAUACAAUUAGAAAACUGGCUGAUUACCAGCAAAAAGCAGAAACUUUAUUGAAAAUAAAAGUUGAUGAACUGAUUAAACAAUGCAGUGAAAAUGUUUCUUCAAUAAUAGUUAAAAUUGCUCACUGUCAGCAACAGACAAUAAAAAUUAAAGAAGGCAUAUUUAUUAAAAUCAAUCAAAUUCCAGAUCUAGAAGUUCAACUUAAACAGUUAACAGAGAGUCAUGUAACUUUAAACAGUAGUUUACAGGAGUCAAAAAAGCACUUAGAGGAAAAGGAACACUUAAUGAUGUCUAUGAAAGCAGACAUGGAAAAACUUCUAAAUGAAAAAGAACUAUUGCAAAAAGAAAGUUAUCUCCAGCAGCAAACAGCAACAGAGAAGGAAUCUUGUAUCACAGACCUGAAGAAAGAGUUAUCUGAGCAUAGUAAUAUUGUAACGUCUAUGAGGGAAGAGAUAAAUGAGAAAAAAGCAGAAAUCACAGAUCUCAACAAGCUCAUUAGUGAACUGAACCUCAGACUUGAAAAGAGCAUAUCAGAAAAAGAAACUGCCACAACGAUGUUAAAAAAACAACACAAAGAAAACCAACUGCAGUUACUGAAUGAGAUGGAAGUACUAUCUUCCAAAGUUGAAUCAUUGAGUGAAGAUAAAGUUACUGCCCUGAAACAGGUAGACCAUUGGAUGAAUAAAAUAUCAGAUUGGAAGAAGAAAGCUCAAUUGAGAUUUACACAAAAUUAUAAUACUAUUAAGGAAUUACAAAGUAAGAUUGAACUGAUUAAUAACCAAGUUAGUGAAAUAGAAGAAGAACUAAAUAGAAUGAAGGAUGAGCAUGAUAAGCAAACCAAGCAGUUAGAACAUUUAAAAAGCUUAAUGGAACAAAAGCAGUUCAGAAAAGAAAAACAGGAAUCUGAUUUGGUUGCUGAGAUAAAAAUCCAUUCAGCGAGAAUUGCUGAAUUAGAAGAGCAUAUUGCUCGGAAAACAAUGGAAAAUGAUUAUUUAAUGGAAGAAUGUAAAAAGUACCGUGAACAAGACAGUGAGCAAAAAGAAAUGGCACAACAAUUCCAACAGGCUCAGGAAGCAAUAGUCAACAAGAAUGACAAGCUGAAGGAGAUGGAACAAAAAGUCCUAACUUUUGAGAAGAAAAUGCAGGUUAUGGAAAUUGACCUGGAAGAAAAAUCAAAAGAAUUUGAAGAAAUAAAAUUGGCUCUAUUGAAAACUAAAGAAGAAGAAUUAAAGGCUUUAGAAGAAAGGCUUAUUUCAGAAACAACUUCUAAAAUAGCAGAUCUGAAAAAAAAGGCUGAAAACAAAAUUGCUUCUAUUAAAAGGCAGUUGAUGAUUCAGAUGGAAGAAAAAGAGCAGCAAGAUAAGCUACAAAAAAAAUUGCAAGAAAAAGAAAAGAAAAUUAUGUCUUUAGAAGAAAAGAUUCAAUCAGUACACUCAGAUUUAGAAAAAGAGUUGAUACAAAAAGUAAAAACAAUAAAAGUUUCUGCAGAGCAAGAUAAAGUCCAUGCUUUAGAGAAUAUGAAACAGAUGUAUGAUUUAAAAAUUGAUAUUUUAAGAAAAGAUUUAUUGGAGAAGGAGAGAUUACUUGAGAAGUAUAAUGAGGAAGCAAAUAUGUAUAAUAUUUCAAAAAUGGAAACUCAGAAUCAGCAAGAACUUAAAAGAGCUCAAGAAGAUAAAAAUAAAAUUGAAAAUCUUCAACGAGAACUUGAGGAACAAAUCAAGAAACAUGCUUCAUUACUUGAACAACAUACCAAGUAUGAGAGUGAAUUAAGAAAGAUCAAAGUAGAAUUGAAGAACAAAGAAGAAAAUCAACAAAAUAUGGAAUUUGCACUUAAAGACUUAGAAAAAAAGCUUCAAGAAAAGGAGGAAGAAGGACAACCUUUACAACAACAGAUACAUCAAUUUGGUGAAGAUUUUAUGAAAGAGAGACAACAAUACAGGAUUGAUGUGGAUAAUAGGAUUACAGAAUAUGAUGAGAAAUUAAAUAGACUGCAAGAGCAGGUAGAUGAAAGAAGUGGCCUUAUAAAAAUUCUGGAAGGAAAUAUAGAAGAAAAGACAAAAUCAGUCUUUGAACUUCAGAAGAUGGUUGAUGAGAUGCAGAUACAACAGAAAGAUUUGCAAACUACACUGAAAUAUACAGAGCAAGAGAAACAGGAACAGCACAGAAAUUUGAUUAAGCUUCAGAAAGAUUUGCGAACCUUGCGGAAAGAACAUCAGCAAGAGCUGGAAAUUAUGAAGAAAGAAUCUAGAGAAGAAAUGGAACAAAAAAUAAAAUAUGAACAGGAAGACAUUGAAUUGAAGCACAAUUCUACAUUAAAGCAGCUAAUGAGGGAGUUCAAUACCCAACUGGCACAAAAGGAUCAGGAAUUAGAAAUGGCUGUAAAAGAAACUAUCAGUAAAGCCCAAGAAGUGGAAUCCGAAUUGAUAGAAUGUCACCAUACAGAAACGGUUCAACUACACAAAAAGAUUUCAGAAAAGGAUGAUGAUCUGCAAAGGACAGUGAAAAAGUAUGAAGAAAUACUUGAGGCCAGAGAAGAAGAAAUGACCAAAAAAGUAAAUAAAUUGGAGGAACAGCUGGUGCAGUUACAAGAGGACUACAAAAAAAGAUUGGUACAUGAAGAAAAUUGGAAUGGUGAUGAAGAAAAAAUAGCAGAACUUCAGGCUCAGCUAGCCCAAAAGACAACAUCAGUUAAUGAUUCAAAGUUGAAAGAACAGGAGUUCAGAGAACUGAUUCACACACUACAAGACAAGUUGAAAAAUUAUGAGAAGGCUGUAUAUGUCACAACAGUUAAAACACCUUAUGGAGAUGGGAAUCUUUGCCAUUCAGAUGUGUCUGUUUUUGGUGAACCAACUGAGUUUGAGUACUUGAGGAAGGUGGUUUUCGAAUAUAUGAUGGGUCGUGAAACAAAGACAAUGGCAAAGGUUAUAACUUCAGUGCUGAAAUUUCCUCCUGAACAAACUCAGAAGAUCUUAGAACGAGAAAAUGCUCGGACACUGUUCACUUCAUCUCCAGUGGUAUCUUCUGAAUAAAUCAUCAAUCAGUGCUUUAGUUAGUACAUUGCUCUGGAUUUGAUCCUCAUGAUGAAGAAUUUGCAAUGUAUGCACUUUGCAACAGAUUACACAGCUUUGAAAUCAGAUCAGAUCCUCAAAUUAGUUCUUUGAAAAAUGGAGCAGAUAGAAUAGUUAUUCAGGUUCCACCUACAAAUACAGCAAAGGAUAGAUUGACAAUUGGGAUUAUGAAUAUGGUUAAUUUUUUGCCUUUAAGAAAGAUUGUUCAUCAAGUGCUAUGUGCUUUAUUUGGAUACAAUUUUCAGUUUAGCUUUAUAGUUUUUUAAAAGGAAUCAAAGUAUUUUCCUUCAAUAGA